AUGGAGAAAGGAAAAAUAGAUAUGGCAAAACAACUCGAUAAUCGGUGCAAAUGGCUUGAGGAAAAAUUCAAAGCAAUGGAAGCUACUGAUUACUGUGGCGGGAUCGACGCCAAGGACUUAAGCUUGGUCCCAGAUCUGAACAGUUUGAUCGGAUCUGCGGCCAAGUGGUAUAACCAGCUCAGCCGUGCCCAAAUUGGUUCAUGGAAAGACUUGGCUCAAGCUUUCAUAAAACAAUACGGUCACGUGACGGACAUAGCACCUGACAGAAUCACCCUACAAAAUAUGGAAAAGAAGCCGAGUGAAACCUUCAAACAGUAUGCACAACGGUGGAGGGAAAUAGCGAUGCAAGUUCAGCCACCCCUCUUGGAGAAGGAAACGACCAUGCUAUUUAUCAACACUCUAAAGGCCCCAUUCAUUAACCACAUGUUAGGAAGUGCUACUAAAAGCUUCUCAGACAUAGUAAUGUCCGGGGAGAUGAUAGAAAACGCGGUGAGAUGUGGGAAAAUUGAAGCGGGAGAAAGUGCCAAAAGAUCGGCUCCUAGAAGGAAAGAAAGUGAAGUAAACAAUGCAAGCAUAUACAAUAAAAGUUAUUCCAAGCCAGUCACAGUGAGCCAACCAAGGGCAGUGACUACUAGCCAUCAGGGCCUUACAAGACAGGAUUCCAACCCAAGGCCUAGCACAGAAAGAGUUCAAUUCACGCCAAUUCCAAUGACGUAUAAAGAGCUUUACAAGAACCUGUUCGACGCACAUGUAGUGUCCCCAUUUUACCUAAAACCCAUGCAACCUCCAUUCCCUAAGUGGUAUGACGCAAACGCUCAAUGCGAAUACCAUGCAGGGAUCUUGGGACACACAAUUGAAAACUGCACGGCCUUCAAGAAAUUGGUCGAAAGGUUCAUAAAGAUGGGCAUUGUGAAGUUCGAUGAUCCCACAGGACCUAAUGUGGUGGGAAAUCCGUUACCCAGUCAUUCAGAUAAAGGGGUAAACGCGAUAGUCGAAAACGAAGGGAGGAGAACCAAGAUAGAUGUAUCAGAGGUAAAGACUCCAUUGAAGUGGGUUUGGAAGAAAAUGGUAGAAGAAGGUUUACUUACACAAGGUUUAGGGAAGAAGCCUGAAGGAGGGAAAUACUAUUGUGAAUUCCACGACGAGGAAGGGCAUGAGAUCCAAAAGUGCAAUAAAUUCAGGGCUCUGGGAGAAGAUGUGUGCACGUCAGAGCAAGGGCCAACCAACAAUGUCCGAGGGGUCAAUCACCCGGUCGUAAUUAUAUCCCGACCAAGAGUCAAUGAAGUCGGAGUACCAAUUGCGCCAAAGGUCAUAAUUCGAAAGCCUGUUGCUUUCCCUUAUAAGGAUAGCAAAAGGGUUCCUUGGAAUUACGACUGCAAUGUAACGAUCCCGGGAGGGGAGAAUCCAGUUGUCGCUUUGGAGAAAGGUCAAGACGAAGGUUUCUAUACACGCAGCAGAAGGCGUUAUACUCCGAAUACAAAGGCAGAAUCAGCUAAAGGAGAAUCCGUGGUCAUUGAACAAGAAAAGGAAAAGACGACCAGACCUGAAUCACCUGUCAAUGAGCCUGUAACUGAAAAAGAGGCUAAGGAAUUCUUAAAAUUCUUAAAACACAGCGAGUACAGCGUUGUGGAGCAAUUGCACAAACAGCCAGCUCGUAUAUCCGUACUAGCCUUGCCUUUGAGUUCAGAUACUCACCGAAAUGCAUUGAUGAAGGUUUUAAAUGAAACAUAUGUUGCGGAUGACAUCUCUGUCAACAAACUCGAUCGCCUAGUCAAUAACAUCAGCGCGGAUAAUUUUAUUUUCUUUAAUGAUGAUGAAAUACCAUCGGGAGGCAUGGGAUCUACAAAGGCCCUACACAUUACCACUCGCUGCAAAGGAUACACAUUGCCGGGGGUAUUGAUUGAUAAUGGAUCGGUAUUGAAUGUCAUGCCCCUGUCCACGUUAAAUAGGUUGCCAGUGGAUAACUCUCACAUGAAGACAUGUCAAAACGUCGUGAGAGCGUUUGACGGUACGGAAAGAAAAGUGAUGGGAAGGAUCGAGAUACCUCUCUUGAUUGGCCCAAAUACAUACGAGGUAGACUUCUUGGUAAUGGACAUCAAGCCAUCAUACAAUUUUCGUUGGGGAGACCGUGGAUUCACUCGGCGAAGCGAUCUGUCGUCCCUACACCAAAAGUUGAAGUUGGUAAUCGAGGUAGAUGAUGAGGCGAUAGAGUGUUCUUUUCGAUCACUAGAAUUUGUCAAUGCUACAUUCAUCGUUGAAGGAAACAAGAUCCCAGCACCUAGAAUAUCCAAAACCACAAGGAUGGGCCUACGAUUAACUGUUGGCAAAUGA